AUGACGGGUCGAUUUAUGACACCAAAAAGCGUGUCAUCUGACCUCUUUUAUGACACGCAAUCGGUGUCAUUAAAGACAUUUUUUCUAGUAGUGGAUGGAACUAGAGACCCAGAAGAUCACCUUGCCAUCUAUGAUCAGGCCGUAUUAACAGAAAAAUGGGUGGACCCCGUAGCAUGUCACUUAUUCCCGGGUACCUUACAAGGUUAUGCAUUAGAGUGGUUCACUAAACUUCCAGAGAAAAGCAUAGAAGACUAUGCGGAUUUGAAGAAAAAAUUCAUAGCUCAGUUUGCCCAACAGAGAAAGCGUCAGAGAAGCCACCUUGAAGCUCACUUGAUUAGGCAAAAAGGUGGUGAAUCCUUGAGGGAUUUCAUCGCAAGAUACACUAAGGAGUGCCAGAAAAUACCAAGCCUUCCUGAAAGCCAGCAAGUCUCAGGUUUUACUUUGGCAUUGCUCCCUGGCGACCUACAGGACGAUUUAAGCAAGAGAAUCCCAUUGACCUAUGGAAAAGCUACCGAUAGGGCUUUCGAUUUCAUUCGCUCCAGGGAAACUGCCCUCCUCGUAAAAGGGGCAGUUGGGAAGGAUAGGCCUGGAGGAAGUCUUGGGAUGUCGGGAGGUUCGGGUGGAAGAUAUGAUGCUAGAAGAAACGAUAGAAGGUUUGAUCAUAGAGAUACUAAAAGGAGGGAAGAAAGGAGAGAUGAUAGAAGGGUAAGAAGAAAUAUUCCUUAUGACAGAGUAAUCAACUUAGUAAAGUCUCCAAGAGAAAAUUUUAAGACGGAGAGAGUGGCUGAAGAUUUUAAACCUCCCCGACCAAUGAUACACAGAUCUGGAAAGAAAGACAUGUCAAAAUACUGCGAAUUCCAUGAAGACCACGGUCAUGAAACAAAUGCCUGUAGAGAGCUCAAGAUCGAGAUAAAGAGAGCCUUAGAUGAGGGAAAAUUGGAGUACUUAGUACCUGGCACAAAGCAAGGAAAAAGAGCUGCUCAAGUUUAG